CAAUUUACUAAUAAUAAAGCAACAAAGCAGUGUAAUUUUUGUUACGAAUACUAUUUGACUCUAAAUUCAUAUACAACAUGGAUCGGCAGUUAUUGAAAGUAUUAAAUCCCGUAUUUACUUCAUUUUCUCGUACGAAAAGUUUUAAAGCUCAUGGUGGUGUACGAUACCCUGGAGGUAUUGUUUAUUACCCAAGAUCUCCCGAUCACAAGGACCCUGAAUAUACACCAUCUAAAUUGUUUAGGGUAGAACGUAUUCGUCCGGUUAAAAAUAAUCCAUGGUGGCAAAAACUUAUUUUAAAAGAACUUAAAAUUGAUGAAGAAAAUCGUGUAACAGUUGUUAAAAAUAUACCUGAAAUUAACAGUCGAUUAUGGAAAAUCAAACAUCUAAUUAAAUUGACACCAAUAACUUUUCCUUAUGGUGAGCCAAGUGAAGAGGACAUAAACCAUACAAUCCUAAAAGAAAAUGGCCAGUGUAUUGUAACAAAAACUUUGGCUCCACAUCCAACCCAAAUUGAAGCAUUGGAGAAGUUUGAUAAUGACAAAAAUAAAAUGGAUUCAACUACAAUAAAAAAAGAUUCAAGAUAUAAGUGGAACAAUGCCUAUGGAGGGGGAUUUUAACAUAGAAGUUGAUGAUUUAUCCUUUAGUUUUAGUACAAAUAAAACAGUACAAUAUUAAAUCAUAGUUUUCUAAUACCAU